UUAGAAUUGAAAUUGUGUAAUGUGGAUGUGGAAAAGACAUGCCGUUUGUAAUGUGUGCAUUUCGUCUCGAGAUGAUUAAACAAUCUCUAACAAACUGAUUUUAACUGGUAUAUAUAUUUUUGCACUUUUAUGCGCACGUUUCUCUGUUCAAUACUCUGUGUAUGUAAGAGCAAAUCUCUCAAGGAAAAAUGACACGUUAUCUCGCGUUAACCAGAAGUCCGAUGCUAAUGACGUUAUUUCCAUUUGGUGAUUACGAUAAACCAAUAAAUGAACGUAUUACAAAAUUGGAUGAAUGUGGCUGGGACAGAGUAAAAAAAAUAUAUCAGCUGACCGAACAUCGUUUGCUUACAAAAGAAUUGCACUCCAUUAUUAAUACAACACUGACAAGUUUUGUAUGUGGUAUGGGUAUAGGUGGUAUUCUUGCAACCAAAAAGACAGUAAAUGAUUUUAUAGCGAAUAAUGAAGCAACAAGAUAUCCAAGUCACUUUGAUGCAAAAAGGAACUUACAACAAAGAGUUGCUGAGAAUUUUCUUAAGAGUGGUUUUAAGAUAGGAACGAAACUUGGGUUGUUUUGUUUAAUAUUUAGCUCUGUAGCAACAAGCAUGACAGCGUAUCGAGGCAAAUUAACAGUAGGAAAUUAUGUUUUGGGAGGUAGCAUAUCAGGAUUUUUGUUCAGAAUAAAUUUAGGUCUUCGAGGAGGACUUGUCGGUGCUGGAAUUGGUUCCAUAUUAGGUGGAAUAGGUGGAUGUGUAACGGUUUUAACUUGUAAAUUAACGGGAAUAAGCAUGGAUCAAAUGUUAGAAGCACAAGAACAGAUGCGAGAGGCUGCAAAUGAAGUUGCACGUGAGAAAAUAAAAAAACAUUUAAACAAAGAAGCACUUGGACUUGAAAGAAAGAACUUGAAAGAAGCAUAUGAAAUAUCAGAAAAACACGCUUGAUUUAAUAAUAAAAAAAAAAAAAAAAAGAUGCUUACGAUUGUA